AAAUGACAGGAGUAGCUGGAAUUUCCCAACAAUUAGUUGCUGAGUGAGAUAGAUCUCUUCAACAUGUCUUGUUUUUUCCCUGAGAGUUUAUGGACGAUCAGAACAUCACUGUCCAAUCAAACCUGGCUUCUCCUGUUCACUUUCCUUUUCCUUCUUGGUUGGUACAGCAUCUUGCCCUACAGAUUCUUCAAACGCCUUGGAAUCCCAGGGCCCACGCCACUGCCAUUCAUUGGAACAUUCUUAGGAUACAGAAAGGGUUUCUUUGGAUUUGAUAUGGAAUGUUACAAGAAGUAUGGAAAGAUCUGGGGCAUUUAUGAUGGAAGGCAGCCUCUUCUCUCAGUUAUGGAUACCAACAUGAUCAAAACCAUCUUGGUAAAAGAGUGUUAUUCUUUCUUCACCAACAGACGGGAUAUUGAUCUGAUUGGACCUUUGAAAGAUGCCGUUUCAGUUGUUCAUGAUGAGAACUGGAAGAGAAUCCGAAGUGUGCUUUCACCCACUUUCACUAGUGGGAGACUGAAAGAGAUGCUUCCGAUUGUCUGUCGCUAUGCAGAAACUCUUGUGAAAAAUGUGGAGAAGAAAGCAAAGAUGAAUGAGCCCAUUGCUUUGAAGGACCUCUUUGGUCCAUACAGCAUGGAUGUAGUCACCAGCACGUCUUUCAGUGUGGACAUCGACUCACUCAACAACCCCAGUGAUCCAUUUGUCAGCAAUAUAAAGAAAAUGUUAAAAUUCAGCUUCUUCAACCCUGUGUUUCUUAUCGUGAUAAUAUUUCCGUUCCUCAUUCCGAUCAUGGAAAAGCUGAAUAUCAACUUCUUCCCCAAUAAAGUCGCCGACUUUUUCCAUAAAGCUGUGACACACAUAAAGGAAAACAGGAAAACAACACGCAAUGAUCGCGUAGAUUUCCUGCAACUGAUGAUAGAUUCUCAAACGACUGAAAACAACAAAGAGAUGCAGAAUGGUGUCAAUUCCUCAUCGUCCAAAGGUAACAGCAUUAAAAAUGCUUCUCAUCCUGUCAAAGUUUAUUUUCUUCCUCCUGAGGAAACAUAGAAAAAUUCUUCCUUGUAAGAAAUUUUUUGCUUU